GUUGCCGCGAUAUUUCACCUGUGAGAGGUCGACUUCACUAUAAUACAUCCAUGGUCGGCACUGAGAAGCUCCAACAUCAGUUUGCUAACGUGUGUAUUUCCAGACUUUUCACCGCCUGUGUGGACUCUCUGAGCGGCUCGGCCUGGUUGAAUUAAUCCCGGAGAAGAGGCGCGAAGCUCAGCUCUCGAUUUUAAUCCGCCUCCAGCUGUCGAGUGUUAAUUUCCGAGAAGUUACCCCGGGUUAAAUUAGCGAGGUUUUGUAGCACGAAGUAGGUCACACAGCUUCUUUUUGACACCAGAGCCCCGUUUCUUUCCUCUUAAAGCAGCCGAUAACGAUGGUUUUGCAGAAAAAUCUUCGUCCUCCCACCGAGGGAGUGCGGCACGAGCCCGAGACCACCGCGGUGCUGGACGGCCAGAAGCUGGGCUGCGGCACGCUCUACGUCGCCGAAACGCGCCUGUCGUGGUUUGACGGCUCAGGGAUGGGUUUCGCUCUGGAGUAUCCCAACAUCAGCCUGCACGCCAUCUCCAGAGACAUCAGCACUUACCCACAAGAACACCUGUACGUCAUGGUCAACGGCAAACUCACAGGAGAGAAUGAGGCAGAAAUGGCAGAGAAAGCAGCUGAUGACGAAGGAGAUGAGAGCAGCGACAGCAGCGGUGAUGAUGAUGAUGAUGAUGAUGAUGAAGAAGGAGCGAUCACAGAGAUUCGGUUUGUGCCCAGCGACAAGGUGGCAUUGGAGUCCAUGUUCUCCGCAAUGUGUGACUGCCAGGCGCUGCACCCUGACCCAGAGGAUGAUGACUCGGACAACGACUUCGAAGGAGAAGAGUAUGACGUGGAGGAGGCCGAGGCAGAGCACGGACAUGCUGACAUCCCGACCUUCUACACCUGCGAUGAGGGUCUGUCUGCGCUCACGCAGGAGGGCCAGGCCACGCUGGAGAGACUGGAAGGGAUGUUGGCCCAGUCAGUCGCUCAGCAGUACCACAUGGCCGGGGUUCGAACUGAAGAAACCAACGCCGAAUUUGAAGACGGUAUGGAGGUGGACGCAGCAGCCAUGGAGGCCGGUCAGUUUGAGGAUGCAGACGUCGAGCACUGAUGGAUCUCACUGGCCAAAUAAAGAGUUGCAUCAUGGGAUUGGAGAAGAGAACAGCAGCACUUCUUUAAGGCUCUCAGCUCUGACUUGUAC